CAUGCGCGCAAUUUCAAGCAAUUUCACGCAAUUUUCCGCAAUUGCGGCAAUCGAAAAUUGAAUUGCGAAAAAUUACCAACACUACAAAUACCAGUUGUCUUACAAGUUAUACCAAUAAGUGUACGCUAUUUGUGACGACAAGUCCAGUGAGUGUCUCAUUGAGAGACAAGUUUGCCAUUGGAUUCAUGUGUUAAAGCAUUUGAACGCUAUUUAUAUGUGAAUUGAAAGUCACGUAACACUCAGUCAAACAACACAUGCAUUGCCUUCACAUCACUUGAUUUAACAAUACUUUGAAUAGCAAUCACUAUAUAAUAAUAGUCAUGACUUUGACCGAUAGACAACUGUCCCUAACUUAUCAAAUACUGCUUGUUUUGGCCGCAAUUGACUGCAUUUAUGGCGAGAGUGAUGACCUCUUAACCGGCAACUCCUCUCUGGUCACUGCAAUCCCUGACCGACAAAAUGACCGUGAAGAUAUAAUAGUAUUGAGUUCAUGGAAUUUAUUAAAAUACUGGACAACCCAUUCAUCGCUUCAUUUAUCACAAACUAUCGAUGAUUUGUAUUCAAAUAAAUCAAAUGAUAAGAAGAUCACUGCAAUAGACUUUUAUGUAAACGAAAAGAUCUGCCAAAAUGUGAUGAUUUGGUCCGACCUAACGGCUCGGUCUAUAUUUAGUUCAACUUUUACUAUAUCUGACCAAUAUUUAAAUAUAACACAAACUAAACAAUUAUUAUCAAUGAAUUUUGGAUCUCAUUUAAGACUAGCCAUUGAUUCGUUAAAUCAAAACAUUUACUUAGCUUUAUAUGACUUUUCAAGAAUUGAUAUCUUUAAUAUCAACACAAAAGUGACCACAAAUUUGUUGAGUAAUAUAUCACAUCCCGUGGACAUUGCGGUCGAUAGUAAAAGACAAAUAUUAUUUUGGGUCGAGAAUUGGACCUGUAUUUGUCAGACAUCAUUAACUCUUAUAAAAAUUAUAAAAUUUUGUUCAUUGAAUGCCCGGACCAUUGCGUUGGAUCCAAUUGAGAGCCAACUUUAUUGGUCAGAUCUGAACGGAAAUAUAUUUAGAAGAAAUUAUUUUGAGAAAACAACACAAUUAGUAAUCUCCACGAAGAAAAUGCAACAAAAUUUUGCUUUAGAUGUCACCAAUAAUGCUAUUUAUUUGAGCGAUAGCUACAAAUUGAUGUCAAUCCAGAGAUCAACACUAAACACCAAAGUUGUUAUCAUUGAAAGUCAACCAAUUCUUGACUUUAAAGCUAUUGAAACCCAUUAUCUUUGCAGACGAGACAAAACACAGCCAUUAGACAGAACUCGUAAUAAUAGUGUCUUUAUUAACGAAACCAUUUCUAAUGUGAUAUUUAUGAAUCAAAGCCUUAUUGAUAGAGAGAAAUCAUAUAAUAAUAAUAAUAAAACAUUUUUAGUGAGCACUACUUUUUAUAUAAUAAUUAUGUUUCAACGUUUGUUUGAUAAAAAACCAAUUAAAAGAAAUAAAGUAAAAACAAUUAGUCGUUUGUUUAGAAAUCAAUAUAAGAGACGUCUUCUUAAUGAAGACAGUCUAUCCAAAAGUGUUUAUAUUGAAGACUUGGGAUCCUUUGGAAACAAUGGAUAUUUGGAUUCAAAACAGUUUUGUAUGAGUUGUCCGAUCAGACAGACGUGCAAUUCAUGUCAAGACAGAGACGAGUGUUUAGAAAAAGGCAUUUGUAUGAAGACUUAUAAAUUGUUAUCCGAUUAA